CCACCUCUAGCAGCCGAAUAACAAUAAUCGAUUGACUCUGGAAAUUCUGCCACCUGGUUUUCGUUUUGUUAAUUUGGUUAAAAAAGCGACUUAAAAGAUGGCUGGCCUGCAGUUGAAGGUUGAGGAAGUUCCGCCCGAGGAAAACCCGGAUGUGAUUGUGAUACCGGACCGGGAGGAUGAUGACAUAUGCGAGCUGGAGCACCUACGCAAGCUCUUCAUCGGCGGCCUGGCGCCCUACACCUCCGAGGAGGGUCUGAAGCAGUUCUACGGCCAGUGGGGCAAGGUGGUCGAUGUCGUCGUGAUGCGCGAUGCGGCCACCAAAAGGUCCCGCGGCUUCGGCUUCAUUACCUACACAAAGUCCAUCAUGGUGGACAGGGCCCAGGAGAACCGGCCGCACGUCAUCGACGGCAAAACGGUGGAGGCCAAGCGGGCUCUGCCCCGCCCCGAACGCGAAACCCGGGAGACCAACAUAUCCGUCAAGAAGCUGUUCGUCGGCGGUCUCAAGGACAACCACGAUGAGGACUGCCUGCGGGAGUACUUUGUCCAGUUCGGACGCGUGGUCUCCGUAAAACUACUCACUGACAAAACCACGGGCAAGCGGCGCGGCUUCGCCUUCAUUGAGUUUGACGACUACGAUGCCGUGGACAAGGCCAUCCUUCAAAAACAGCAUUCGAUUAAGUACGUGCACGUGGACGUCAAGAAGUCGAUCUACAACCUGGAAAAGAAGGACAAACAGCAGCCGGGAGCCUUGUCGAACGGCAGCAAGCCGCCGCUCAACCAGCAGCAACAACAACCGCAGCUGCAACAGCCUCCGCCACCACAGCAGCAGCAGCCACAUAACGGCAACAUGCCAGGGCCUGGCUACCGUCCACCUGUGCCACCGCCCCAGGUCAUGCCUCCCUACCACCAGCAGCCGCCUCCGCCGCCGAUGAACGCCCCACCACCAAACUACAACUACUGGGGACCUCCGCCACCACCAAUGCAGUCCUACUACCAACAGCCUCCACCGCCGCAGAUGAACGCCUGGGGACCCUAUCCGCCAGUUCAAAACGGCUGGAACGCCCCGCCUCCUCCGCCGCCCGGGGCCCAGCAAUGGCAUCCGGGCCAAUGGGGCUGCCCACCACCAGUGCAACAGGUGCCUCCGGCUGGGGCAGUGCCCCCGCCCAUGGGUCACAAUGGACCACCACCCCCGGCUCCUGGUAACUGGAACAUGCCGCCCAAUGCACCGCCACCAGUGCCUGGCGCACCGCCACCGCAGGGUCCUCCACCCCACCAACAGCCCCCACCCCCGCCGAACUUCGGCAGCGGCUACCAGCAGAACUACGGAGGCGGACCGACGAAGCACAAUAGCAUGAAUACGAACCGCAUGAAUCCCUACGCGGCAGCGCCGCCCAGCAACUACCACAAUCCCCAACCGCCCGCAUAUCCCCCCUACAAUGCUGGUGCCCCGCCGCCCAACGGAAACGUGCCGCCCCCCACUGGCGCGAAGGCGGUGGGCGUGUCCAACGGCUCGGUGGCCACAGGAGGCAGUGCCAACAGCAAGUAUCGCCGCUAGAAGGGGUGAGUAGAUGGUGCAAUCGCAACCCGUCCCCGCCAUUAGUCGUUCGUUUUAAUGUGGCCUAUGCAUAAGAGCUGCCCCAAAUACGUCUUGCCACCCAUAUAUACUAUCUACUAUCUACUACCCACUACCUACCACCCGCCACAGAUGCACUACGUCUGUACUGAAGUACUGAAGCCCAUGUAUGAUUACUAAUGUGCAACGUUUUCUUUGAUUUAGAUGCUCUUUGGGCGGCUAAAGCCCAAGAAUCAAGAUACUGUUAAAUAGGCUCGUUGAUAAGCUAGGCCACACUCGCUUAGAGUUACUAACAGGAAACCUAACGCAUUGUCUCUCUAUCAUAGGACAACUAACUACGGUUUUACUCUACUCUUAAGCUAUACCAUUGAUAACUCUACGAUCGAUCUAAGCUAUGCCACAGACUAUGUAUAAAUAUUUUCUACACCGUAUUCUUCGAUAUACUUUAGACGUAUUUUUGUAACCCCCGGGCAAUCGUAGAACAAGCCCAAAUACGAGGCAGCAUAAGGCUCUCUAUUAGAAUCCAACUAACUAUCUCUCUAUCUGUAAAGCGAAGCGAGCGACCGUGCGACGCGCGCCGGUUUGAGUCGAAGGUGGAAGGACAAGUGCAAGCAAUAAAUCAAUUAUGAAGUAGAUACAAAUUACGCAACUGUAGCCUGAGCUUAUUGGCCCAAAACGAAUAGCUUAAUCGUAGAUACCUAUGUAUUACUAAACCAUUCAAACGAGAUAUACGUCCAGAAAGAGAACGCCAAGUGCGAAUGAAUAUGAAAUCAAAUCAAGCGCCGAGCUGGCGGGCGUGGCACGGGUGCGUGGCCUUAACUAUCGAUGUACACAAGAGAUGAUAUCAAAACUAUUGUCAAUUUUUAUAAGGAGCGAAGCGCGGAUACUUAUACACUGUAACGAUGUUAAAGGUUUCUCUCCCUGGCCUCCCACUAAGAAUACUUAAUUACUUUUUGCUCUCCUCACGAAUGACAAACUUGAGAAAGUAUAAAUACGCUGCAAGAGAUCGAUAGGAAACUAUGUUUUAUUGUUUUCGAGCCAUGACAAGAACUCUAAGUUAAGUUUAUACUUACUUUAUAGAUGUACUCCUCAUUCUCCCCUCUCUCCUAUUUAUAAGCGGUAGCGCACGCCAAAGGCUUUGAAUUGAUCUACGAAUUAUAUGCAAUUAAUUAUGUAUUGAAGUACGGGGAGGCUCAGUCCACCAUUCGCCAGCUUCAUUUAGAGCCCCCUCUACAUCUACGAGAUACAACACUAAGCACUUAACCGAACUAUAUGAAAAUACAUAUUUAUUUUAAAUAAAUGAAAUAUAAAGCCAA